AUGGUGGUGGAGCAAAUCGAAGUUAUAGAGCACCGGAUUAUAGAGGAGGGGAGGAGACCUUCUGGAGGAGCCCUCCUACCACAUUCCGUACCCAUCUCAACUAUCCGUGAGAGCCGAGAAUCUUACGAGCAACGUGCGGAUGGUACCAUUCAUGACAGACGAUAUGAAGUGACUGGCGAACGAGAUGUUAGCAGAGAGCCAUCGUUCUUGCAUACCUCUAACUACGGUCAACACCUCGAAAUGUCACCACCACCGCCACAGCGAUACAAUGUAAGUGGGGCGACGAAUAGCAGUUUUCUGAACACGUCUGGAGAUAGUAGACUCAGUUAUCCGGGAGCGGCGGAUAGAAGUAACGAUACGACUGUGAUUAAUAAUUAUGGAUACGAUAUUACGGAGGUGCACACUACUGAAGGAGGUGCCCGAAUAAUAGAAACUCACGGAAGUGGUCCACUCCGGGAGACAAGUCGAAUCGAGCAUGUUGAGGAGACCAUCACAAGACCAUCAGCCAUGAGAAGCUCAUCCGCAGCAGCUCAUAGAAGCUCCUCGAAUAUUUUCACAGUUCCAGCACCGACCAGUCAUAUCUCGUAUCGACAGGAGUUUGCUAGUGAUAAUGAAUCGCUCGCUCGAAAAGACAGCUACCGAGCUAUGCAAUCCUCCUGGGAUGGUGAGGAAAACCGAAAAAUCGCCUCCAACCUCAAAUCACAAAGAUUCCCUCCACAAUCGCAAACGUCUCUGGUCUCCAGAGAAACGGAGCACUCGGAGAAAAAAGUUGGAUGUUUCCAGAGGAUCCGAACGUUUAUUCAAGGAGUUCGAUAUGCUUUUAAAACCGCCGAGUACACACCGGAAUUCAAGAGAAACAUGUGUUGUAUUCUGUUAUUCUUGAUUCUUCUCCUAUUCCUCCUCUUCGUCAUUUUCAACGCAAUUUUCAACCGCUACGCUGUAUCGGAAUUCUUGUUGUAUCCACCAGUUUGCGAGGAGUGUCGAAGGAAAAAUCCCGCACUCGUUUCAGCAGCAUUACCCUCAUCAGUCUUCGUCCACUUCUACUCCAAACAUCAGGCACACUUCGAACUUCGUGGAAACGCACCGUUUAAAUCGAACAGUUUCACGGCAAUCGAUUUCGACACAGGCUACGUCGCCUACGCGGAUCACUCACUAACCGAUGCCAGUGGAAACCAUUUCACUUGCUUCCUGAUGCCUCUCGAUAAGGGUGCAAUUGAUAGUAUGGAUCAGUUGUCGGAAGCAGUUUCAGACUCGGAUUAUGAGAUCCAAUCCACAUUCGGCUGGCAAGAGUUCUAUCAAUUUGAUCCAGAACCUAUUGAACCAAUGAUCGCAAACCAAAAAUUCACCGAACGCAUCGACGAUUGUCACGGAGCGAAGUGGUACCUUCUAAGGCAGACGGUUCAUGCGAAAGAUGCCUCAUGCAGCGACUGUUAUGACUUCUGUCUGCCUGAUUGGGCGGUUGUUCGAAAAGAGAAAUAUGAGGACGAGUCGACGUUAGGCGUCAGAAGACUCAACUGUUUCAGACUCUAUGUUCCGGAAUGGAGGAAUUUCAGAGUGGAAACCGACAUUGGCGGUGGUCACUGGAAGUAUCCGUUAUCCAGUGAAAGUACAAAAAGAGAUAAGAAUGGAGAAUGGGUGCACUGGAUCCCGACAACCCAUUCACAAGGAUUGUCGAGAAGUCGGAAGAGUGUCUCCUCAUCCUCGAAUUCUACAAUUUAUCAUUAA